AUGGUGUUCAACUAUUUACGUCAACUUAACAUAUUCGAAAAUGCUGACGAUAACGAAUAUCAACGGCGAUCAAAUAUAAUUGCUACACGAAUGUAUAUAAUAACAUUUCUACUCACUCUCACAAGUAUUGUCAUUGGCCUUUGGUUAACUCCUGAGACAAGUAGUCUGAUGGUAUCUUAUCCAACGGAAGAACAAGUGCGUACUCUACCUCAUGAUGCCGAAUGUCCUUGUUCUCGAUUAUCGUUUUCCUAUGGAACAUUCGUAACAGUUAACGGAAUAUUUCAUCCAAUUUGUUCAAGUGAUUUCGUAUCCGAUCGAUGGAUUCAAAUGCUUUUUUCCGCCUCUAACGCCACUGAUCUUUACUCAUCCGAUAUUCGAUCAACAGGCAGUUCACUUUUUCAAGUUCUUGCUAGUCUCUGUCGUCUAUCAGAGAAAAGGUUUCAAACUGGGUUAGAUUCUCUCUAUACUAGUCAAUUUAUCAGUCCAGCAGUACUCUAUGAUAGUUUACUUCAGUCUAUAAUCGAAGCCUACAUCAUGGAAUUUCAAUUAACUCUUUCAUUCCUAUUUCAAUCAGAACUGAACUUAUUCGGUGAAAUGAUGUUUGCAAAUCAAUUGAUACCUGCACUGAACUCAGCACUAAGUCUUUACUAUUAUGAUCAAAUCUACGCCGAGAGCACCGAAUUGUCAAUUUUGGGACGAGCUUUCCUAGAAGCAAAUGGUUCUUAUUGCUAUUGCACAAGAACUUAUUCCUGUGCUGAACAAAUGGGGAUUUAUCCUUUCGCUGUGGCCAACUCAACUUAUCCCGAAUAUAUUGAUGUGUCAAUUUGGAACAUUUCUGGUUUAGUUUCCAGUUGCACCGCAAUGCAUUCACUUCUCCAAUCCACACUCGAAUGUUUUUACAAUCAAACAUGUCUAAAUAUAACUGUCUCGUACUUUACUACUCAGGAGAAUUUUACAGCUAUGCCCAUACCAGAAUCCAGUCAGUUUCAAUUGAAUUCAACAAUCCAAACCAUCGUCAGUCGUCUAAUGCUACAGCAACUGACAUACAACGUGUCUUAUAAACAAUAUUUCAACCAAUGCACACCUUCGUCAUGCACAUAUACCAUAGUCCAACGACGCAGCUUUGGUUACAUUCUUACGAAAAUUAUUGGCUUACUUGGUGGAUUAACCAUAACGUUAGGGAUACUUGUUCCAGCUAUUGUUCGCUACAUUCGUAAUCGGCGAUUAGCAAUUCAAUCUGCACAUCGUACGAGUCUCCGCAAUAAAAUCAUUGAAUACAAAUCUCGGCUGAGUCGUAUUUUGUCUGAGCUAAACUUGUUCGAAACGAGGAGAAAUGAUGAUCGUUAUAUUCAUCAUGAACGUCGAAUUACACGUGUCUUUAUCUUGCUUCUCGGAAUAUCAUUCACAGUUGUGGUCAUUUACUUUCUCUCGACGGAAGAUAUCUACCAAAAGACAGUUCCUCAUCCAACCGAAUCGAUAUAUUUAAAGUUAAAAACAAAGUACAAUGACGAUGCUACUUGUUCUUGCACCCAAUUAUCCACAUCUUUUGGAAAGUUCAUCUCAAUUACACCAAUAUAUCAUCCAAUAUGUUCGAGUGAUUUUGUUUCCGACGAUUGGCUUAACUUUCUAGCCCUAUUUACAUCUUACAUGACCAUAUCUGGCUUGAGAUAUCAAAAAAAUUUCGUCACGCAUUUUAGUAUUCUUAAUAUAUUUUGUACGAACGCCGCCCAAACUGUCGAAGAUGCUCGAGAUGUUUUUCUUCGAAACCGUUAUGUUACAUCGGAAGUUGUUGAUGGAAACACUUUUCAAGAACAUUUCUCUUCCCUAAUUGAACAAUGGAAGCUAACAACACAAAAUCAAUACCAACGUUUGAUUGAACUUAUCCAACAAACCACUCAAGGAAAUCGACUUGUUAGCUACUUACAGAAUGUUGAUUUUCAAUUGAAUUUAACGACAAAAGAAAUGUUUUAUCAACCUUUGAAUUAUUCCAAUUGUUCCUGUGAAUUAUCUGGAUUAUGUUCCAUGCCAAUAGAAUAUCCGUCAGCGCGUAGCAGCAUGUUCGUUGAUUUUGGUGGCCACUUAGAAUACCCAAAUCUUCUUGUCGGUUGCUUUCCUGUUACAGCGCUUUUCCAAUCAGAACUAAUUAGUUUGACCAAUCAAACUUACGUCGAUCAAGUAAUUGACUCUCUAUCAACAGUUUUACUUGAUUACACUCCACCGAAAAAUUUCACAGCGUUGGAUUUAACAGAUCAGGAAAAAACCGAACAAGUUGGAUCGAUUAUCAACCGCCUAAUGGUCAAUUCGUGGAAUGUAACCGUCUCAUUUCCAGCAUAUUUUAAUUCCUGUUCCCCGAUUUGUACGUACGAAUACACGAGCUAUCGUAGUGCGAUUGUUGUGCUUUCGACGAUUAUCGGUGUCUUUGGUGGAUUAUCACGAUGCCUGAAACUUAUCAUUUCGAUUUUGAUCACCUUUGUCGAAGAUAUAAUGAAAAUCAAUUCGUUCAAUUCAAUCUUUCAAUUUUUUAAAUGUAUUUUCGAUGUCCAUAAUGAUCAAACACGAACAAAUCGAUUGCAUUUUAUAUUCAUAUUGAGUAUCACGAUGAUUGUUUACCUUAUUUCGUACCUUCCCGUGCAAACUAAGACGACUCUUAUAAACCAGCCCUCGCGUCGGCUACAUGAAGAUCUAUUACAAAAGUACGCCGAUACAUUAGAAUGUUCCUGUUCAAAAAUAUCAAUUGAUUAUCAAAGUUUCAUUACGAUUCAACCACGUUUCCAUCCGUUAUGUUCUAGUGAACUUGUUUCGACCGACUGGAUUAUGUACGUAUAUGAGAGAACUAACGACAGUUUUGUUCUUGCCCAAAACCAGCUACUUUCUGCAUUUUGUCAACUAUCUGAGCGAGCAGUUAAUGAUACACUUUCACAGUUUAUUACAAGCAGUUAUGUCAAUACGCGAUUGAUUUCUUCGGAUGCAUUGAAUAAACAAAUUCAGCAACUGGUCGAGCAGUUCGGUCAAAGUUCUGCUCAAUCGUUCAUGGAUACUCUCGAUCUUAUUCGACAUAUGACCGCAAAGAAUACGCUGUUGAAUAUGUAUUCAACCAAUUGGAAAUACGAACCGAUUGAAUUCACCAGUCGGUAUUGGAAUUAUCACACGUUUUCUGUUCAGUACAGUCAAUGUAACUGCGGUCUGUCAUCGACAUGCACACAAUCGAUGGGAAAUGUUACUCUUGGUUGUCUGCCUCUAGACGGACUCCUUCAAUGGAGAGUCGGAUCUUUGUACGAUCAGCCAUAUGCUGACCCCAACGACGAGUUUCAAGCGUUGAACGCAUCGUUUUAUCAAAGUCAAUUCGAUUACAAUUUAACAGUAAAAUUUCUCCUGGAGAAACUUUUCGUUGAAGAAUAUCUCACUAAUGUAUCCUAUGAGAACUAUUUUACUCAAUGUCAGGUGUCUACUUGUAGUUAUUCAUCUUAUGGUAAUGGAAAUCUUAUGGAUACGACAGUGCUAGUAGUCGAACUUUUUGGUGGCUUGAUUAUUAUCUCGUUAUGGAUAACAGUCGGAUUUGUCAUGCUUUAUCAGUAUCUGAGACGGCAAUUUCUGUCGACAGAAUCAUCCUGA